AUGGCACGGGCCUCGGACAACGAAGCUGUGGGGAGGUUAAGUCAGGAGGUCUCCUCAGCCACAGAUAUAGAGGAGACGGCGGAGAAGACGACGAUAAAUUUGAACCUACAAAAGGUUCCGACCACGACGGGAGGAGAAGAGGCUGUCCUGGGACCGCAGCCUGAUGAACUCCCCAAUGGUGGUCUCCGGGCCUGGCUUCAAGUUUUAGGCGGCUUCCUCCUCUUCUUCAACUCAUGGGCAAUCGUCAACUCCUUUGGAGUCUACCAGAGCUAUUACUCUCAGAAUCUGCUCAGCAGUCAAUCGCCAUCCAACAUCUCAUGGAUCGGAUCUAUACAAGGCUUUCUGCUCCUCGCUGUCGGUUGCAUCGCCGGGCCUUUGUUUGACGCCGGCUACUUCCGAAUCGUCAUAACUAUGGGAGCCUUCCUAGUUGUCGUCGGCUUCAUGAUGACGAGCCUUGGCACCGAGUACUGGCACAUGCUUCUAGGCCAAGGCUUUUGUAUUGGCAUGGGUGCCGGUUGUCUCGUCGUCCCCUCGCUCGCCCUUCUGCCGCAGUACUUUGGCCCAUCCAAGCGAGCAUUGGUCAUCGGGAUUGCCGUGACCGGGAGCAGCCUCGGCGGUGUGGUGUAUCCGCUCCUUUUCACAGCCCUACUCAGCCGCAUCGGCUUCGGCUGGACCAACCGUGUGCUAGGUUUCAUAUCACUGGGUACCCUAGGCACCGCCGUUAUCGUCAUGCGCACUCGCGUCAAGCCUCGCCAGGUGCGGUCCUUGUUUGACCCGGCUUCGUUCCACGAAACGCCCUACCUGCUGUACUGUGCAGCCCUUUUUUGCUCCAAUUUCGGUUUCUUUGUGCCCGUCUUCUAUCUACAGCAGUACGCUCUCAGCCACGGGUUGGAGCACAGCGAGGGCCUAGCGCGGAACCUGGUGGCAGUACUGAACGGGGCGUCCAUCUUGGGACGUCUCGCGCCUAGCCUUGUGGUGCCGUAUAUUGGACCCAUAAAUACAAUGAUCUGGGUCGCCGGCAUGGCAGCGUUGGUCACGUUUUGUUGGGUUGCGGUUAACGACCUGGCUGGAAAUGUCUUGUUUGCAAUCUUGUAUGGCUUCAGCACUGGGGGCAUCGUAAGCCUCCCGGCUGUAGUGUUGGCAUCAGUCACCAAGGAUCUUGGCUUUCUAGGGGCACGAAUGGGCACCUCAAACCUCAUCAAUGCUGUCGGAUCGCUCUGUGGGCCUCCGCUCGCCGGUGCCAUAUUGAAGUCGGGACAAGGUUCUAACUGGUUGGGCUUGCAGUUGUUUGCCGCCUUCACGCUCACGUGCACUGCAUUGUUGUUUUACGCAAUGCGCGUGGCUAGAGUCGGGCCUAGGCUGCUCCGCAAAGCAUAA